AUGGCCCCCCCUACUGUCUCUCUCAGCUUCCCCCACGGCGGCAAGUCGUCGUUCAGCGGCGGCCUGUUCAUCAACAACGAGUUCGUCGCGGCAGGCGAUGGCAAGACAUUCGCUGUCGUCAACCCUUCUGACGGCAAGGAGAUUGCGCAAGUCGCUGAGGCUAGUGCCAAGGACGUCGAUGUGGCCGUCAAGGCUGCUCGCAAGGCCUUCAACGAGUCGUGGGGCCUCAACGUGCCCGGCUUCAAGCGUGGCCAGCUGCUCAUCAAGCUCGCCGAGCUCAUCGAGGCCAACCUCGAGGAGAUCGCCGCCAUCGAGUCACUCGACAACGGCAAGGCUUUCAGCAUCGCAAAGGGCUUCGACAUCACCGAGGUGGCCGCCAACAUCCGAUACUACGCUGGCUGGGCCGACAAGAACCACGGCAAGGUCAUCGAGGUCGACUCGAGCAAGCUCCACAUCCAGCGCCAGGAGCCUAUGGGCGUGUGCGGCCAGAUCAUCCCCUGGAACUUCCCCGCUCUCAUGUUCGCCUGGAAGAUCGGACCCGCCCUUGCCAUGGGCAACACCAUCGUCCUCAAGACGGCCGAACAGACGCCCCUGUCGGCUCUCAAGAUGUGCGAGCUGAUCAAGGAGGCUGGCUUCCCACCGGGUGUUGUCAACGUCAUCUCGGGCUUUGGCCCCGUUGCCGGCGCGGCCAUCGCCAACCACAUGGACAUCGACAAGGUCGCCUUCACCGGCUCCACUCUUGUCGGCCGCAACAUCCUCAAGGCCGCAGCGUCGAGCAACCUCAAGAAGGUCACGCUCGAGCUCGGCGGCAAGUCGCCCAACAUCAUCUUUGCCGACGCAGACCUCGACCAGGCCAUCAGCUGGUCGGCCUUUGGCAUCAUGUUCAACCACGGCCAGUGCUGCUGCGCCGGCUCGCGCGUCUACGUCGAGGAGUCCAUCUAUGAGAAGUUCAUGGCCAAGUUUGACGAGAAGAUCAAGAGCAUUCAGGUCGGUAACCCCUUCGAAGGCAACACCUUCCAGGGUCCCCAGGUUUCGCAGCUCCAGUACGACCGAAUCAUGGCCUACAUCGACUCGGGCAAGAAGGAGGGCGCCACGCUCCGCACCGGCGGCAUUCGCCACGGUCAGGAAGGCUACUUCAUCGAGCCCACCGUCUUCACCGACGUCAACCCCGACUCCAAGAUUGGCCGCGAGGAGAUCUUCGGCCCCGUCGUUGUUGUGCACAAGUUCAAGGACAACGCAGACCUCAUCAAGAAGGCCAACGACUCUGUCUACGGUCUCGCCGCGGCUGUCUUCUCCCGUGACGUCACCCGUGCCCUCGACACGGCCAACAAGCUCCAGGCCGGUACUGUCUGGGUCAACUGCUACAACCAACUCAACCCGCAGGUUCCCUUCGGAGGGUUCAAACAAUCGGGUAUCGGUAGGGAACUAGGAGAGGCGGCGCUCGCCUCCUAUAGUCAAUCUAAGUCAAUCCACGUCAACCUUCACGCUCCCAACCCGAUGUAAGCGGAGGACGAGUCGAUCAGUGGCGUGCUUCGAAAGUAUCAUAUCAGGAGACCAAAUGAAUCUUGUUUGACGAUUCACAAUUGAAGAGUGUGAAGAGUGAAGACGAAGGCGAAUCGGACCAAAUGAAGAAAUGAUGGAGGUUUGCGGGAUGCGCACAAAACCUUAAAUUUUAGCGGGUCGAAUGCAUUCCUUCGUUCGUCCAUCUUUUUUAUUUUUUGGUCACCUCUCGCUCGAUCGGUUCACAACGAUCUCUAGCGCGCCGAACGAGGACGAGCAGAAGUAGAGCAAAUGGCCUUAACCUGGAUUGACAAUACUGCGCAUGCAGAAUCUGCUCCGUGAGCUGGAGAGAUGUAGAAAAUUGCUGC